CAUCACGUGACCAAUGUUGUUGUUGUUCCUCCCCCAGAUGUUAUUUUUUCCCGCAGGGAAACUGUCAGCUCGAUUGACCUCAGUAUGGCGAAGUUCGCUUUUUAAUGCUUUCACAGCGCCGUUACUUAUACAGGCAUCUCUGCGAUAUUAGGAUGCGUUUCCUGAUCGAUGACGUCAGUGAAAUGAAGGAAUGACUAGUAUAUGGGUUUCAGAUUCAUAUUUACUGUCUCUGAAUAAGGCAGUACUUUUGUGGUACACACAAGGCCAGAGGUUUGUGACUCUCUCAGUCUCACCAUUGUCUAAUAAUCCAUCUGGUCAACUAUAUCUCAAAAGGCCUCUGAGCUACAGAAUCCGAGAUAUCCACCAUAACUGGAAGCACAGCCAGAAGAGCAGCAUUCGGAGACUAUGUCCCUGCCGAGUUAGUUUCCUGAAGCAGAAGGUUUUGCUGUACACCAGCGUUUCCGGUUUUAAUACCUCGGCCUGCCUCGGUUCCAGCGACCAGAGCUAUCGCAUGUCACGACUCAAGAACACGUUGGAAUCCGUAUCAAAAGUCGUGAGUGGGACGCAAGCAGAGAUUUUCUCCAGGAUAGCCCGGCUCAAACCCAGUGCCAGAAACAGCGCCGUAGGUGCCGAGACAACACCUCUUCAAGAUCAGAGGAAUGGAUCUGCUUUGGCUACAUCUACACCAACGCUUGUAUCUCAUCCUCCAUCAUCAUCUGCAGCCUCACCACCGAACACAAACCCGAGCCUUCCCGAGACCUCCUCUGUUCCAGUUCAGUGCGUCCAAGCGGAAGUAAAGUCCAAGAAAUCUCAGUCUCCGAUCUCUAAAGUGAACGGACCAGCUACAAGCACAGCAUCUACAUCAGCGCCUCCACCCACCCACUACACUGUCUCCAGACAGACUACACAACUCUUCCACCCAGGUUCUUUCAGCGUCAACCUAGACGAGACCUAUAAUUCCCUGGCGCACCACGUAAACUCUUAUUUUAGCAGCUUCGCUAUGGAUCAAGGAAAAAAGAACGAGGCGAAAGAUCGUUCCGACCAGUCGUCCACUUCCGCGCCUGACCCGAGCCACCAGAGCACUGAUGACGCACCUGCUCACGUGCGUGUAAAGGAUCAGACACCAACUGAAAAAUCUGCUCCUGUCUCAGACCCAGGUUCUGCUUUGUCUUCCAAAAAAGGCCUUGGACAUUACCUGACAUACAAGCCUACCGUCCAGGCAUUUGUAGGGAACUACAUUGCCCCCCUAGUUCCCAGGUUUAGGACAGAACCAAAGCGUGCACUACCAGAAACGGAUAAACCACUUCCUCCUGACGACGCUGCUUCAAAACCAAAGGAAAUAGUGGAGAGUAAGGAGCAGAAAGCAGCAGAGGAAAAGGCCAGGAGACUACUGCUUCAAAGAGAGAAGAUCAUUGCCCGGGUGAGUGUGGAUAAUCGGACACGAGCGCUGGUCCAAGCCCUGCGCAGAGCAUCAGAUGUGAGGCUUUAUAUCAGCAGGGUGGAGGAGCUGAGCUACCAUCUGCUGGAGUUCCCUGAGACCAGGCUAGUGGCUGUCAAGGAGAAGGUGAUUCCAUGCUUGCUGCGCCUGAGGCAGGCUAAUGACCCAGCUCUAAAGGCGGCGGUCAGAGAAGCCCUCGCUCUGGUGGGCUACGUUGACCCGGUGAAGAGCAGGGGGAUUCGCAUACUGACCAUUGAUGGUGGAGGCACAAGAGGACUGGUGGCACUUCAGACUUUACAAAAGCUGGAAGAGAUGUCUGGGAAAUCAAUUUACCAGCUUUUUGAUUACAUUUGUGGUGUUAGCACAGGUGCAAUAUUAGGCUUCAUGUUGGGUGUGUAUCAUAUUCCCCUGAGUGAGUGUGAGGUGCUGUACAGAAAGCUGGGCUCUGAUGUCUUCAAGCAGAAUGUCAUUGUGGGUACCAUGAAGAUGGGCUGGAAUCACGCUUUUUAUGACUGCGAGGUCUGGGAGAAAGUUCUGAAGGAAAGAAUGGGCUCCGACCUUCUGGUUGAAAUCUCUAGAAACCCGGAUUGUCCAAAGGUGGCAGCAGUGAGUACGGUAGUAAAUAAGGGCACGCCGUUAAAGGCGUACGUAUUCAGGAGCUACAACUUGCCAGUAGGCGUGCGUUCCCACUACAGAGGUGGCUGCCAGCACAAGCUCUGGGAGGCCAUCCGAGCUUCCUCUGCUGCUCCUGGAUACUUCCAGGAGUUUACACUGGGCACUGACUUACACCAGGAUGGUGGUUUGCUGAUCAACAAUCCAACAGCUCUGGCGAUCCAUGAAUGCCAGUGUCUGUGGCCGGGCACCCCGCUGCAAUGUGUCGUUUCUUUGGGCACAGGACGCUUCGAGUCGGCCAGCAAGAACACUGCCACCUACACGAGCCUGAAGACCAAACUGACCCACGUCAUCAGCAGUGCAACAGACACGGAGGAGGUGCACACCAUGCUGGAUGCCCUGCUGCCUCCCAACACAUACUUCCGCUUUAACCCGUACAUGACCGAGGACGUGGCUCUGGACGAGAGCCGCAGCGAGAAACUGAACCAGCUACAGGCGGAGGGAGCGAGAUACCUGGAGCGCAACGAGGAGAAGCUGAAGCGAGCCGUGCACGUGCUCACGCAGGAGAAGAGCUCGGCUCAGAGGCUGCUCGAAUGGAUCCGUCUCAAAUCACACAUGUACGCCGACCUUCCACUUAUUUCGAAACUAUAGAGGGAAUUAUGUCACGGAAUAUUUUGAUAGCACUUACUGUUUACGGUAUACGAUUAGAGUGGUGUUCUGGGCACAAAGGCUGAAAUUACGUCCGCACUUCUAAUGUAAAAAAAAAAAAAAAAAACGAAAAAAAAACACUUACUAUAAGGUUGAGGUGUAACAUUUGCCAAAAUUAUGACAUCAUUAUUAUCUAAACGCUUGCAUUAUUUAUAAUGAUAAAAGCACUUACUGAUGAGAUCUGCUGAGAUUUAAAACAAACAAAAAAAAAAAGGUAGUUAUGUUGUUAUUGUUAAGGACUU